AAGGGAAAACACUCUAUGUGAAAAGGAAAUCAUGGCGGAGCACAUGCAAACAGCUUCUAUUGCACCAAAAUUAUCAAAGAAGCGCAAACUUGGGAAAAACAAAAAGAAAUCAUGGAGAGCAAUAGAUAUAAGCAAAACAGAAGAAUUUCUAGAAGAAGAAAGGUUUCAACUGCGAACGACAGGUUUGCUAAGAGACAAAACUGACCAGGAGCUGUUUAUGGUGGAUAAAAACAAGUCAUCGCCCCAGGAAAGUGGUGCAAAGAAAGGGGUAACAAAGGCACUCCGUUGCUAUGCCAUUCUCAACAAUACUUCCAGGAUACAAAGUCCGAGAAUUGAUGACUGGAGCACAGUCCAAAGGAAAAAAAAGCUAAAGCCUUCAAAAGACAGGAAGAGACUAGUGGUGGAGACACAAGCUCAGCACCAGACAACACACAAAAAGGAGAAGUCACCAGACUCAAGUUAUGACCUCUGGACUGCUGAAAAGGAACAUCAAGAAGAUGCAUUUUAUAUGGAAGUCACCAAAAGAAAAAGAGUUAAGCCACCUGCGAAGCCAGUCCAGUAUACAAUGCCAGCUGUAGAGCCUCCACAUCCUGGUGCCUCCUAUAAUCCAUCUUAUGAAGAUCAUCAGGACCUGCUACUCAAAGCAACUUUAGUGGAAAAAAACAGAGAAAAGGAAGAACUAAAGAUUUUUAGAGCCUUGGAUGCAAAGUUUCCUAGUGAAGCUCCUGGCGAGGCUUCUUGGGUUAAAGAAAUGUCAGCUGGCUUGUUUUCGGAUGAUGUGGAAAACCCAGAGGGGGAUAACUCUGCCAUACCUGAGGACGAAAGAACCGCAGUCCAGUCAAAGACCAGAGCUAAGACAAAGAAGCAGAAACGCAAAGCUAGAGAACAGAAAGAAAUGAAACAAAGGCUUUUGAAAGAUAAAGCAACAAAAAUGCGAGAAAACAUGGUUUAUAGAUUAAAUACACUGCGGUCAGAGCUUCGCAAACAGGCCCAAACUCAUGCACAGAGAGCUGCUGUGAAGGCAAAAAAACAGGAGGCAAAAAGAACAGGCACCAAAAAGCUGGGAAAGUUAAAAUAUUCUGCUCCGGAGAUAGAACUGAAACUUUCAGAGGAACUAGCUGGAAGUCUACGACAGUUAAGGCCUGAAGGCCAUUUGUUGGAAGACCGGUACAAAAACUUGCAGAAAAGGAACAUUAUUGAAACAAGGAUGCCAGCAAAGAGGACUAAACCCAAGAAGAAAAUGUUUUUAAAGAAGACUUUCAGAGAUGCUUAAUUAUGCGUAAUCUUGGAUAUACUUCAUUUCUUGGAAUGUGCUGUGGGAAAAAAAAAA